AGGAAAACGAUCAAACCACGCACCAUCCACACCAUCCACACCAUCCCUCGACGACAUUCAUCGAACCUGCACACCAAACACACAAAACGACGAUGGACGGGGACAUGAUCGUCGCGCAGCCCAGGCGCGUGUCGCUUGGGGUGCCGAUGCAGGGAGGCGGCGGCAACGACCACCGCCAGCACCGCCACCAGCAGCAUCACCACUAUGACACCUUGAGUUCGAGGGCUGGGCAUUCGGGGAGCGGGCACCGCAGGUUCAGCAAGCUGGACGAUCCGCUCGAGAUGCACGCACACGCACAUCCAAAGUCCGAGUUUGAGCACUUUGAGAUGCAGCCCAUCCACAAGCAGCCGCGCCUGCAGCAAGGGUUUGGCGCACACAUGGCGCUCAGCCACACCAACAGGAAAACUGGCGGCAUCUGCAGCUGCGAGCAGAGCGAGGUCUUCCCAAAGCGAUAUGAACUCAUUGCCGAGUCGGGGGCGGAGUGGUUUGGGCUGCACCAACGGCGUCGGCCGCGCUUUGCGUGCUGGCUUGCAGACUGCCUGCCUGCAUGGUGUUCGUUCUGUCCACUGCAGCGGUCUGUCGAGUUGCAUAGACGCCACGACGCGCUGCUUCCAGCGCACGCACGCGGCAGUAGUGGUAGCGGCGGCAGUGGCGGUGCUGCUCGGAGUCGAUACAAUGCGGGGGCGCAGAUGCGUGUGGAGGAACAGCCAACCAUGACGGUGGAUCUUACACCAACGACUUGCAUGAGCAUGCCAUGCCUGGAUGGCCUUGCGUCACGUGACCGCGCUGUCCUGUACAAGAACGGCCAAGUUGCCGCCCGCGUGCUCAAGCGCGGUGUCAUCAACCACAUCACGGCCCCGUGUCGCGUUCGCUGCGGCGGAUCACAGGCAAUCUUGUCCGUGGAACCAGUGGGCGACAACACAAAAGGCGUCAGCUCAUUCUACAUCCCAAGUGAGCGACAGUGCUGUCGCGCGUGUGGGUGCUGGCUGCUUGCUCCCCACGCCUGCUGCGGUCACGACACACGAGCCACGAGUGCUGUGAAGCGGCGGCCAAGUUACGGCAGUCACACCCCGGCACAAUUCCUCGUGCUGCCCAUCCUCGAAGCAGGAACAGGGGAGAAGAGAGCGUCACUGGUUGUGUCCGGGGAUUGGGCACACAGCACACACACGUGCUGCAAGCGCUGCUCUCACCUGGAAGACGACUACGAAGUCCGCGUGGAGUUGAUUGCAUCACAGGACCGCCCGUGCUCUGAACAGGAAGCGGAGCUGCUUCUUGCCCUUGCGCUGUACUUUGACGACCGCUGGCUCGUGCCCCACCUCCAGCACCCCCUUGGCCCCGUCACCAUGCCGAAACUCUGCAUGAACAUCUGUGAUGCGUGAUGCAUGGCAUUGCACGUGUUGGUGGACGUCAUGUCUGUUCUGUUGCUUGGCGGCACUCGUCAUUGCAAGAUUGUACGCCGCGUGACAUGUGCUCUUGUGCUCUGGUUGAAGUCUACGUGUGACUUCAUGGGUUGAUUGUUUGUUUGCUCCCAAGCGUAUCGGUUGUGGCUGUGGCCUGGUCAUGCAUGUGUGAGCGAGACUGCUGUCGUGUUCCUGUGCUCCAUUCAUAACUUUUGUUGAUUCCUUCUUCACCUUCCAGACGUUCUCUCUCUCUCUCUCUUUCUCUGUUUGGCUUGUUGCAUUUUGGCUCAUGCAUCCCCUUGUCGCAUGCAACCUUCAUCCCAUCAGCCACCCUUCUCAUGGCACACGCUCUCUCCUCAAUGCACACAGUGCGCCUCAUGUUACAGUUAAGUUACAGAUGCACUUGGCUUUUGUAUUCAAACGCAACACACAAGAAACGGGA